CUUCGUAGCGGCAUCUCCGAGCGGCCCGUGUCAGGUGGCCUCCUUGGAUGGACGUUCCUGUGCGUGGUGGGCGACCAGUUCGCCAGACUGAAGAAGGGAGACCGAUUCUUCUACGACCUUGGAGGCCAGCCUGGCUCUUUCACUGAGGCUCAACUUCAAGAGAUUCGCCGUAGUUCUUGGGCAAGAAUCAUCUGUGACAACUCUGACAACAUCCAGGCCGUCCAGGCCGCUUGCCUUCAUGCUCACCACAUGCGCUUCAACCAGCCCAUCGCAUGCGACAACCCUGUUAUCCCUAGGCCUAACCUCGAGGCAUGGCGUGGGGAAGUGCCUUAG